AUGCGUGCAAGUUCCAUUGAUAUGCAUCCCAAUGCAACAUGGUCAAAGAAUGGUAUCACUGUUGCUGGAGGAAAUAGACGAGGUAGUGAAACCAAUCAACUCUCGUACCCAUGGGGUUUGUACGUUGACGACGAUCAGACGAUUUAUGUCGCUGAUUGUGAAAAUCACCGUAUUGUGGAAUGGAUAUCUGGUGCAACGAAUGAAAAAGUAGUUGCUGGUGGAAAUGGAGAAGGAAAUGGAGCUCAUCAAUUAAAAUUCCCACGAGAUGUGAUUAUCGACAAAGACAGCGAUAGUCUCAUCAUCAGCGAUUGGGGGAAUAAAAGAGUAACUCAAUGGCCUCGUCGAAAUGGUACUCGUGGAGAAACAAUUAUUUCAAAUAUCACUUGCGGUGGUUUGACAAAGGACGACAAUGGUUUUCUCUAUGUCGUUGACGAAGGAAAAUAUGAAGUGAGACGAUAUAAAAUUGGUGAUACUCAAGGAACAGUAGUUGCAGGUGGCAAUGGAAAAGGAAAUCGUCUUGAUCAACUCUCUAAACCCCGCUACGUAUUUAUCGAUCGCGAUCAUUCAGUUUAUGUGUCUGAUCGUGACAAUCAUCGUGUCAUGAAAUGGGAAGAAGGUGCAAAACAAGGCAUUGUCGUAGCCGGUGGUCAAGGAGAAGAAAAUAGUCUUACGCAAUUGAGUCGCCCUUAUGGAGUCGUUGUCGAUCAAUUAGGUACUGUCUAUGUGGCUGAUUUUGGGAAUCAUCGAAUCAUGCGUUGGCCAAAAGGAGUCACACAAGGAAGUGUCAUUAUUGGUGGAAACGGUAAAGGAGCACAGUCGAAUCAACUCGCUUAUCCCAUAGGUUUAUCAUUCGAUCGACAUGGUAAUCUCUAUGUCGUCGAUCACUUAAAUGCUCGAGUACAAAAAUUUAAUAUUGCAUAA